CAGAAAUUGGACUGAAAUAACAAACCUUUUUGUUAAUCAUGGAACAUAAUCUCAGGACUACCAGGUUGUGAUCAAGUGAGAAGAAAAUCAGAAAAAAAACUUCAUCACACCCUUUUCGAUAAUUUAGCACAGCACCAUGAAAGCCAGCAGCAGAAAUAAAGACCACUCAGCAGAUGGCGAUGGAACUGGAAAAAGACCAAAGCGGAAGUGUCUUCAGUGGCAUCCUCUGCUUGCCAAAAAGAUGCUGGACUUCUCUGAGGAGGAGGAGGAGGAUGAGGAAGAUGAAGAUAUUGACAAGGAAACUUUGCUGAACACUGAGGGUCUUGAACAUGAGGCAGAUGAAACAGAAGAUGAUGACUCCUCUGAACAGCGAGCUCGCAGGCCGAUGAAUGCAUUUCUUUUGUUCUGCAAACGCCAUCGUUCUCUGGUUCGUCAGCAACAUCCUCGCCUAGACAACCGUGGUGCAACCAAAAUACUGGCUGACUGGUGGUCUGUUUUAGAUCCAAAGGAGAAACAAAAGUACACUGACCUGGCAAAGGAGUAUAAGGAUGCUUUUCUGAAGGCUAACCCUGGUUAUAAGUGGUGUCCAACAACAAACAAACCACUGAAGAGUUCAUCACCAACUGUUACAACAAGGAAGAAGCUCUGGACAUUUCCAACAGAAGCCACAAAGGAGUUUCCUAUCGCCAAGAGGGUGGUAAAGGCUGAGGAAAUGCCACAAAUCAACUUUGCCAUGGCAGAUCCCACUCAAAUGGGAGGACUCAGCAUGCUGCUCUUAGCAGGAGAACAUGCCUUGACAGCAAAGGAGAUUUCCUCCAAUACAACACAGUCAGGAGUCCCUGACUCAACCAAGCAGUGUGGGAAUUCAGCAUUGUUUCAGUUAGCAGAGAUGUGUUCGGACCGGUUGGUAACAGAAGGAGUAAAAUCAGAGCCCACCACAUGUACCUCAAAGGAUAGCCAUACACCUGAGAUGCCCACCAUAAAUCCUGGGUUAACUACAAAGGAUAAUAAUGGUAUUAAGCCACAGGACUGGAUUACUAAUGACAAAUCAUUGCCCUUGUUAACUGACACUUCUGUGACAAGUCUUAAUAAAAGUGAAAAAGUUAAGAAGAAGAAGAAGAAAAAGGUUAAACUUGAAACUACCAAAGCUGAAAAACAGACAUUUAAAAAAAGCGGGAAAAAACGGAAAUCAUCAGAGUCUGACAUGGAAAGCUUAAUGUACACGAUUGAUGCUGUUGCUAAGGGGGACUGGGGCACUGAGAAACCUUCAGGAAGCCCAGUGAAAAGUGCACGAUGCUCAGCAAAGUCAACGGAAAAUCUGUUACACUCUGUCUCCAGCCCACCAAAGAAAAAGAUGAAACCAAAACCAAUAAAAUUACCCGCUGAAAAGAUUUCAGAACUCAACAAACAUUCAAAGGUUUCUGAUCUUGAGAAAGUUACCAGCAGCCCAAUCAAAACUGAAACUUUUUCUGUCACUGAGCAACUACUUUCGCAUAAUGCACUAAGUGAAGUGAAAGCUGAGAACAAGGAAAUCAGUAAAAAGACAGAAGCAUCUGGGUCCAGAAAAUCUGAACGAUCAUGUAAAGGUGCUCUGUACAAGACUUUGGUGUCAGAAGGAAUGUUGACGUCUUUACGGGCUAAUGUUGACAGAGGUAAGAAAGCUUCAGGAAAAGGGGGUUCAUCUGACCAUGAGGGAUGUUGGAAGGAGGAAGAUUGGUCAUUUUCGAAUAUUGGGACUAGUGGAACCAAGAAGUUGAAGAAGUUGAAACAGAAAGAUGAAUCUGCUCUCGGGUUGGGGAAUCUAGAGCAGGAGUUUGCAAAGAAAUUCAACAGCCUUCCACAAUACAGUCCAGUAACUUUUGACCGCAAGAACACAACAGUGACCAGAAAAAAGAAAAAGAACAGGAGUGGAUCCACUGAUCAACAAAAAAGUGAUAAAGGAUCAUCUCCAUCUCAGAAAAUAGUCAGCAAGUGUAAACACCAAAAGGGGACACAUCACUUAACUGAUAAAGCCAUAGUACCACAAGAUUCAAACAUUGAGGAACAUGUGGAGAAGGCAGACCAUGUUCCAUCGGUUCCAAGCAGCCCACUAACAGCUGUGACACAAGAACCCCUCGUUGGUAGUCAGAAGCGCAAGGCCAGAAAAACAAAAAUAACACACUUAAUCCGAACAGCUGAUGGGCGCUUGUCACCUGCAGGGGAUCUAUCAAAGGAGAAGAUACAAUGUAAGCAAGAAAAGAAAAAGCAGCCACUAAAGACAGACACUUCUGUUGGUGGAGUCAACUAUAGUCAUUCAGAAACUGAACAGGCAUGCAGCAUUUCUCCAGAAGUGCAAGCAACCUCUGCAAUCCCAGCAUUCUUCAGUUUAGCUGCCUUGGCAGAAGUUGCAGCAAUGGAGAAUGCACAUAGAGGCCAGCGUGCAGUUUCUCUAAACCAUGAUGGACAGCCUAAGGAAAUGGCACAAACCUCAGUACUUAUCUCCUGUGCAGACCAAUAACGCAUUAUUACUUUGUAUCUCUACAAAGUCUGGAACACACGAGAUGGGUCAGUUUGACCUAAUAUUGACUGCGUUGUCGGAGUGUCACCCUGCUGUGACUGGGUACCUCACAGAACAGCUGGGAAACACUGGUUCAGCGGAGCCCCCUGGACAGGCUCAGAAUUUGGGCAUCAAACGUUUACGAAUGGGGCUAAACCAGUUUCUUCAGCUUUUGGUUCCCUAUCUGAAGGCAACCUGGUAUAUAAAAAGAAUAGCUGUUACACAGAACAACUGCCCAUGAAACCUACUGGCAAUUCUUGCCACUGCACGCUACACGAUCAGAGUGUGAGCUACUCAAGUUUGCUGCAAAUUCUAGCUUUUCUCAAGUAACACUGAUGCACUGUGCUAGUGACUAGAUAUCAUCAACCUCUGUUUUUCCUUUUUUUUAAAGCAUAUUAUGAUUUUGAGUUUCAUGGAAACUGUUUAAUCAUGAACUUCUGCCUGAUUACUGAAAUGAUAUGGCAGGAAAAAUAUUAUUGAAAGUUCUUUACAUUUGCCCAUUGCAUUAAGAUAUUUUAUUUCAACGGCACCAUUAUUUAGUUGAAAUCUCUGUUAAUCUGUAGUUAAGUUUAAUAGCACAACAUGUCUCUGUGCAGACAGUAAGUACCUUUUGUUACACACAAUCUUUGUGCUUUCUUUUUUGUUUUCGAUGAUGAUUUAAUACCUAUUAUUUUUGCUUUCUCUUGCUAAACCUCACUGACCCUGCAUGGGGACAGUUUACUGGAUGUGACUGUUUUCCAAUAUACUGUUAAGAUGUGUAAAGUAAUUUGCUUAUUUUUUAAGCAAUUAGGCACUAAUAGUGGCAGAAAUCCUGCAAAGCUUUUUAGGUCCCAACUGUUGCACUGCUGUGUUUUUUACAGUGAAUGAUUAUUAUGAUGGUUAUAGGGUUACUAAUUCAACAAAUUACUGAGGAGAUAUUCAGGUUUUAUUUCAGGUUGCAGAAGUAUAUCAGCACAAAGGAAAAAAAGUCUUCUGUCAGACCAACAGCUAGAAUUACUGAUGUUUCAUACUGCUUAGCUUGAAUGCAAAAUAUCUUUCUUCCCAUUUGGUUGAAGAUCAUGUUACCAGAAUGGCAAACAACAUGGACUGUAAAUGAAGUUUCAAAGCAGUAGCACAAUUUUGAGGGUCAGUGAAGUAAUCAGCAGCACACAAAGACAGUUCUUCAUUUCCAUGAAGUAAUAUAAGACCAGUUGGUGCAUGGAUAUUGUGAUUGUUAGUGCAACAUCCUGACAUCGACAAAUACCAGAUAUUAAUUGUGCAAGACAAAGUCUAUUUUUUGGGAAACCUGCAGGGUUAUUUGGUGUACUGUAUGUAAUAUACCCAGUUUUUAUAAGCCGCACAUAAGGAUUAGCACAUGCUGUUCACAUCAGAAAUGUUUUGUUCCUUUAGAAGAUUGUGACUGGAAUUUGCAAUAGAAAGCUAAUAAUAAAUACCAUGGCACAGUUAUAAUGAAACAUGUAUUAGAUGCUGCCAUCUGAACUAAACAAAUCUGUAGUUGAUAUACGAAAUCUACUUCUGUCUGGAUUGAACACAUAUUAAACCUGAGCAAAAUCUGACUCGGGCAAGAUGAUCUAAACAGAUUCAGAUUUAGUCUAAUUUUAAUCUUGAAUAUUUUUGAUAAAUUGUCACAUUUACAGCUGUGUUAAACUUUUGGUAACUCUGAUAUGAAACAUCUAAGAAAUGUUGGCUUCUCAAUUCAGAUUUGUGAUUCAAAAAAUAAUAUCUCAAAGCGUAAUGGUAGGAAAGAAAACUGUAUCUGCACACGAUCACCUUUUUGAGUUUUAAAUUUGUUAGUGCUUUUCAAUAUACUUUUCUCUAAUUUAGCUCUGUGAUGACCGUUAUAAAUUUAUUCAAAAUGCCUCACUAAUUUUGACUAUAAGAUAAAUAGGUUUUUUUUUGAUCCUCGGGGAUUGGGUUUGAUUUAGUUUCAACUGAGUUUCUGGAGAUAGACACUUGGAAGGUGUGUAAUGGUUGCCUUUAAGAAGAUGAAAAUACAUAUAAUACGUGUCAGUAUUAGUCAUGAUCAGGAUUUUCAAAACAGACGUCAGUUUCCAUUAUGGCUUUGUAGCUUCAUGAAUCGCCGGUGAAUUAAGAUGCAGUUUUCAUUUGCGAUCUUGGGCUGCAUCAGCUGAUCUCCCUGGUGUUCUAUAGUAAUCUAUUUUUUCCUUGGUGCCCCAGAGAUUACCUGUACCUGUUGGGUGUCCAAUGCACUGCUGUAAAUGAACACAUUGGUACCAAAACCGACCCUCACCUCUGUUGUCUUCAGUGUAAAAUAGCAAGGCCAUUGACCAGGAUAGGGUGGUAUGUGGGUGAGAGUAGUACUGUAGUCAUAUUUAAAAUAACGCAUCAGUAUAAAGUAUCAUCAUAGGACAGAAAAAGUGAAGAGAGCAAUGUGCAGGAGUAAAUUUUCUAAAAUGUGCAGAACAUAAAAACCUGGAUAAGUCUCAUUAUUUCAGAUUGGGUCAAUGUUUACUUCUUUGUCUUUAAAAAAUCAUCUAUUCAUGAGGUUAACAGUUUUAUUGUUAUAGGCAUUCAUCCUAAUACAGGUCUCACUGCAAUUUUGUGCCAGUUUGUAGUUCAUACUCAAACUUUGCAUAGAGAGGAGGAGCAAGAAUAGGUAUCCAUUAGAUCCAAACAGAGUCUAAACUACCAAGAACUGUAGCAUUUCACUUUGAAUCUCCAGGUGUCAUUCAGAGAAUAAACUUGUCAAUUUUGUUAACAAUAUGAAAAUAGUCAGCUUUUUACACAUUAAUGCUAAAAAGGUGCGUUUACUUGCCUACUCCCUCCCCAUACUCCAUAUUCUCCUCCUUGUUCAGUCCAUCCAUACAUAACUUUUACAUGAUAAAGCACUGAAUUGAAUAUUCAGAUUUCCAUAGCAAAAUACACAUUUGGACCUUGAGAAAGUUGUUGCUGCAUUGUUGAUCUGCUUUAUUUCGAAGUUUUGGUUUUCACUGUUGAGUACCAGGAAAUGGAUACACCUCUCUUAAAGCAUUACAAACUUGUAAAUGAAAAAUCCUUCCCCUGACUUGUAUCUGAAGUUUGCUUUUAAUUUAUCCAGGAACUAAUACUGAACAGCGCAAAUUAUCGUGAGACAUAAGAUUUCUGUUUGUUUAUGCAAAUAGAUUCUGAAACUUUUUUGUUAAACCAUGCUGGGAUCUUUACGUUAAUCUUGAGUUAGUUAAAGUUAAUUAAAUGGGAUUCAGGGUCUAAACUAAACUAUAGAGUUAAGGCAAAAAGUGACUAUUGCUAACUAAAUGGAAGUGAAAUAUUGUAACUUAUUGCCACAGCCUAUGUAGAAUUAAUUGGAACAAGGCUGCAUUGUACUCAACUUCUUCAAGAUUGAUAGGACGGUUUCUCAGUUAGUUUGGGGUUUGCACGUCUCUUCCAUUGGCUUGAAGUAAGGACAGAAAUGCCCAUCCUGGUAACAUGAUCCUUGUGUGACUGCUUUAUACAAUAACUCAUUACACUGUCAUUCUAGCUGUAAAGAACGUUUUGUUAACUUUUUUGUGCAAUUGCCAUCCUUUACUUGUCAUUAGAAAUGUCUUUUCCUUGUCGUAGAAACCAGCUUUUGCCCAAAGUCUAGCUAAUAUUUAAAAAUGGAAAAAGUACACACAUUACUGUAUUUAAAUGUUCAUAAUGCUUUUACACAAAAGUUGAGUAUAAUGAGAAAAAGUGUCUACUUUUUAUGCCUGACCAAGUAGAAUACAAUUCGUUGUAUUUUUGCAUUUAUUUUUGUUUCCUUUACCUUUAAGUGACAUUUCCAUUAGAUUAAUAGGUGGGAUGUGGAGUUUAACUAUGAUCUCCUUUCUUUGAAUUGUAACAAGAGCGUGUGAUGAUAUUGAAGUAUAGCUUAUUGCACUUGAUAUCACUUUUUAGCAUGUGAAAACGCCCUAAGAUUUGGAUUUGAACAUAGAUGUGAGAGUUCCCAAAAGCGCUACUAUAAUAUGUAUCAGCUUAAUAUGGGAGUGUGCCCAUUUGCUUAUACUGAAGCACAUUAACAUUCAUGGAUGGGGAAAGUGAGCAACAAGGAGAAUUGAUAAUUCAUCUACAUGUUCUACAGUUUGUUUUUUCUGCAAUAAUUUAUUGUGUCAGAAGCAUUGAGAACGGCAAGAGUUACCACAGAGUGAAUUUAUUAUUCUUUCAACACUGAAGCGGACAAGAAGAGUUAUAUCGUUGGGUUACAGGAAUGGCUCACUUUAUUUUCCUUUUUUAAAACAUUAACAGACUCUUAAAUUUUAUGCUUGGACAGAUUUAAAUGGAUAUGCCAAUUAAGACUUGGAAAAGAUAAGGUCUGUGCUAGAAAUUUCCUCUCCUAUUUCAAAACAAUUACUUCAGCAGAUAUUUGCCACAAAUCUUGCUUAAGCAUGAAGUCUGUUCAGCUGAAGAACAAGGGGAAUCCCUGUGGAAAUUCCCAAAAUAGAAAUUUAACAAACAGGAGAUUAACCUUUUGGGCUUUCAGUGUUCACUGUUGUUUCCAAACAGGAUAAUUUUGUCCUUACGGCCUAUUUUGAUGUUUUAAUGUUUAAUACAGAAUUAAGUAUUCAUGGAACAUUUAUAGAUAAGGGUUGUCUAACUAAAUAUAACCAUGCAUUUACUUUGUUGUACAAUACAUGCCCUGUCAUUAAAAGUUAAAUUAAUAGGUUGCUGCAGGGGAAUAACUUUGUAAUAUUCCUGUUAAAUGUGGCACCAACAAAGGUUUGUAUCCAUGUUGUAGAUUGUGCCCCCACAGACAUUGCUGUGACUAACCCGACAUAAAGACCAUAGAGCUGCAUUUGACAGCUGGCAUUACAAGUUACAUAAUUAGUUAUAGCAACUGUGUUGAAUUUUCACAGAGUAAGCCAUUAAAAUGCACUAAACCAAGCAUUACAUCAUAUAGUGUAAUUUCCUACUGUUUAAUGAGGAAAAUAAAUGUCUAACCGUUCAUUUAUAAGUGAAGUAUUAGAUUAAAGGAAGUAAAUUUAUAACUAUCUACAGGAUGAUGCUUUGCCAGGUACUUGGAAUGUCUACUUUGACACUCUAUUUUUAAAUUCUUACACCCCUAAUCAAUAUAUUAUCAGCAAGAUGGUUAUCAAAAUCACAGACUUUUUCUUUAUAAGAAUAUACCGGGCAAUAAAGUCAAAUUGUAAUUGUUGGUGAAACAGACAUGAUAAAGUACCAGUUUUGGUUUUACCUAACUCUCUUUUACUGUUGUGAACAUCAGAGCUGUGAACAACAUGUUAUGUUUAACAGCAUUCCUGUGGUAAAUUGAGAAUUCUGUCACAGUUUCAUUUUUCUUUUAAUGUAACUUUCUUCAGAGUCACUUGGAAGCAUUUGAAGCCAAAACUCAGUUGCAGCUAGUUAGUGAUACGGGCUGCAAAAAAAUGUUUGGCAACCAAAAGUUCCCGUGCCGCUGUCAUAUUUUUCUCAUCAGAAAAGUGCAGUUUAAAAUAUCAUUGAAGUUGUCACUAAAUCACACUGAUCAUGACUUCAAGAGAAUUAGCUAAAAUGAAAAGUUUAAUGCAAGUUUGGUUACAUCUGAAAGACCAUUUGCACCUAAAAGUUGCUGUUAUUCUGUAUGGGAAUAGACUAUAUAGUUACAGCUCAAUUUAUACAGAAAGGAUUUAUCUGAUUUUUUUUUGAUGCAAAUGUGUUAUUUACAAAGCAUAAUCCAAUUAACUUGUACUGGUGAAUUCUAAUUAGAGAGCUUUUAUUAUUAGAAAAUGCAAUAACUCAUCAUUUAUUGCAGCCCCUUAUUAUCACUGUUCAUAGUGAGUACAAUGGUAUGUGACUGUUCUAAGAAUGGCAUUGUGUGUGUAUCUAAAUUUUGUUAAGUAGGAUACAGAAAAGGGGGAUGACAAUGCAACAGUCUUAAAGGUGUAACUUCACUUCUGACAAAUGGAGAUGGGAAAUUUGACAAAUUCUGAUUGUUAACAGUUAGCGCAAUUAAUUUUGUUUCAGACCAGAUUUUCUAGUUGCUCAGUUCAUCUGUCAUACAAAUAAACAACUGCUGAGCCAAAAGUUAGUUUGUCAUUAAACCAUACUCUGAGUAGUUACUGAAAUAGCUACAGAUUAUUGCUGCAAUGUAAUUAUUGUUUUGUUUAGCCAACUGAACCUAGGAUGUUGAUCCACUCUUUCAUAGUGGUUACGAGAAUAUGCUGUGUGGAUGUAACUUCUGAACUCAAAUCUAACAUGCACAAUUUUUGAGUGUAGAUGUUUAUUUUAAAUGAAGUUAGAAUUAUAACAGAAUGGAUAAUAUAACUUGGAGUAAAGUUUUUUUAUGAUCUAGAAUAAGGCACAUUUAACAAACUCAAAAUGUGCAACAUAUUCUAGGAGACUCUUUUAUUUGGCCUUAAAAAAAGUUUAGUAAGAUAUUUAACUAUUUUUUUUAAUUGGUGUUGGAGACAAAGAUGGCUUUGCAAAAGUUAAACUUUUUUAUUGUGCUGGAUAUAGUUGCUGCAAUAACACCUUGUGGCCAAAGAGAUCAUUCAUAAUUGCAUUUCCUACAUAUUGAUUCCAAAUAAAUAAAAAGUUUAAUUUUUGGAAAAGAGAUUUGGAAGAUUAAGAAUAACUCUAAUGACCCAGUUAUGUGUACCAGCUAAAAUGUUUGUGCCAUACCCUUUCAGUCAUGAUUUCAAGUCAUGGUGAAAGUAGCAAGAUCAGUAGAGCACCUAAAUAAUGGUGGAAAUGGUAUACAAUAAUAAAGCAUAGCCCACCAUUAGAAACAGUAGAAUGUAGCCUACAAAGGGUUGGCAGAGAACUAAGUGAUGCACCUGUAUUUUUGACCAAAUGUACGAUACAGUUUAAUAUUUCAUAAAUUCAAGUUUGUUGUAGAGCAAUUAACAAAAUGAUUCCAGUAGUAUAUUUUUAAAUGGUGGUUUGACUGAUAGACUGAAAUAUUUAAUGUUUGUGGAAGGGUGGGGUGAACUAGUUUAAUGAUGUAUUAUUGAUUUUAAUUUUAAAACCAAAAAAAAACAAUGCAGGGAUGUUUCCUGAUUCACAAGUAUUAAGCAAAUUAUAUUUCAUACAAAUAAAAUAUAGACAUAAAUAAUUAAAUUCCAGAAGGUGGUCAAUACCAUGUUGACUAUCCCAGAAAAUCAACAUUAAUCUUUAUGAAUGUCUGUGACCUCAAGGCUUUGAUUUUAAUACUGAGACUAUUUAAAGGAAGACCCAACAUGUUCCAUACAAACAUAGGGUUAUACACUCUUCUGAUAAUUCAGCCAUUUGUUUGCACUUAAUUAUUCAGUUUGACGUAUUAGAGAUUUCAAUAGCACAACAAGGUGGGAUGUUAAUGCUCAAAAUUGAGCAGUCAGAAAGUCUGACUUGCAAUUAAAAGUAAACUGUACAGAGAAAAACAUGUUCAGUUUGUAAAAACAAAAAAAAAAGUGGAGCAACAUUACAGUUUUAAGUUUUACAUUUGUCUCCUGGCUGUUGAAUACCCACUAUAGUCACGUGUCUGCUGACAAUGAAUAAAUUAAUUAUUAUCACGAAGAAAAUUUCUGUUAUAUUAAUUGUUAUAUCUUUUAAAUCUAAAUUAGCGACAUAAUUACAUCACAUAUAAUAAGGCUAUUUAUGCAGACCUAAAAGUCUCUCACUGAGGCUGCCUGGUGAUUUUUUUAUUUUAAAAAAACAAAUUUUCUGCCAUUGUUCGUAUUGUACAAACUUGUUUAACAGAUUUCUUGAGUUAUGUUGUCCCAGUCAAUGCACUUCCAAAGAGCUGACUGUUCAAUGACAAACCAUCCUGAUAUCAAGUCUGAGGUCUUGAGAUCUGUUGCAGUAAACACUUGUUUGGAGGUCACCAUUGUGACGUUUUAAAAUGACAGAUUUUUUUUAAUACUAUUUACAAUUGUAACUUUUGAUUUUGAUUCAAGUCUAGAUUGGUGGUCUUGUUUCAACAGUGCUAUUAUCAUACCGUAUUUUGGAUCUUAACUGUCAUGCCAACUGUCUAAUCUUUGCAAAUACAUAGAACAAUAUGGAAUGCUUCCUUUGAACAUUCACAGCAAGUGAACUUUUACUGAUAUAGUUGGAAAGAUCCUCCUAAUUCACUGGGAUUUUAUUAUUUGGGUGUGAGGUUCACGGAGCUGGACAACUGUCCACUAUGAGCCAAUGGGUUUGAUGCAAAAACUGCAUCAGCAACAGAGCAAAACUGCAAAUGUCCCUCUGUUGAUGAGACGGAUCACAAUUGACACUUCUUCAGUUUUUGGAGGCCUUUGAUGAUCCAUAUGCUGCAAAUUAUUUAUGUUCAUAAAAUGUUAAAAAAAAAAAGUUUCAGAUGUGUAAAUGUAACCAUAGAUACCAGUAGUGUCAAUAUGGCAGUGUUUGGUGGCAAAUGUUUCAUCACAGUUUGAUAUCUCAGGAAGGUGCUGAAACCUCUAAUUGCAUUAAUCAAACUCAUGCAUCCAACACUUAAUAACAUCACAAUUCACAAGAGUACCAAAUUAGCAAUGUAAUUACAUCACAUAAUAAGGCUGUUUAUACAGAUCUAAAAGUCACAAGCUGAGGCUGCCCAGUGAUGAUUUUUUUUUUAAAUUCUCUGCUGUUGUUCAUAUUGUACAAACUUGUUUAACAGAUUUCUUGAGUUGGCCCAGUCAGUGCACUUCCAAAGAGCUGGCUGUUCAAUGACAAACCAUCCUAAUAUCAAGUGUGAGGUCUUGAGAUCUGUUGCAGAAAGGAUCAAGAUGUAAAGGUCCCGUGUCAUCACAGAUUUUGUUCUGGAUAACCCCACUCUGUCCGAAAAGGACUAGCUAAGUGUGGUAACAAUUGCAGUGGUAUUUAAAAAUUACUUGCAGGAUUAGUACACUAUUAGGCAUGCACAGAGCAGAUGUCAUGACUUUAAAUGCUCAAUGACAUCAUUGCUCUACUGAAAUAUUUGCCUUUUACUCCUUGUUGCAGGCAACAAAGUAGAUAACAUAGAGCCUUUAUUUGUAUGAUCAAUAGUGUACAACAAUUCAGAACAUUAACCGAAAGGAUAUGUGGUGUGCUUGAACAGCAUCUUCAGUUUAAUCUUGUAAGCUAUUUGGUUAAACACACUCAUGGUAACUGGGAGACUGCUGUAAGUUCUCAUUUUGAUGUUCCUAGAAGAGUAAUUUCAGUGAAGUAUAAUUUUGAAGACAUGAAGCAAAAUUCAUGAUUAUGUUCAGAUAUCCCCAUUACACGAGAAUCAGUUCUUGUUACAGAAGGUGCCUGUGUAUAUAGCUCCUUUGUAUUGCUUUGAGCAGAGUCCCUUAUAUAUUUCUUACUAAUAUGCUCUGUAGAAAUUGAAUUCAGAAAUUUUACUACUGAUAAUUAAGAGUUUAAAGCCACUAAUUAUAUUAAAGUUGCAUAAUUUGACAGAUGAUCAUUUUAUAUUGCGUACUGUUUAUUGCCUGUCUGUUUAGUUUUGUGAUUGAAACACAUUUCCUUUUUCCUCUGUUAUAAUGCUGUAU